AACUCGCCACAAAAGUUUUGUCUUCUGUAUCUUUCUACGCUUGUCUUAUAAUGCAUUAUAUUGUGCUCUGGUUAAACAUCAAAGAUGUGAAGGAUAUACUGAUGCAGCUUCAGCAAGUACUUCAUGACUUAAAGAAUAAAACUGAAAUCGCUAUAAUAGAAAAAUAUGACUGCCUAGUGAAACGUUAUACGGUUACAUUUAUAAUAUUGGGAAUUCUUUGUAUAUUUGGAAGUACUAUAUUUCAAUUGUGGAUAAAUAUGAACAAUGUUGAUUUAUCGACGAACAAAUCUCGAUCAUGUCAUUUUCUCUUUAUGGUGGAGUAUUUCAUCGAUCAGGAAAAAUAUUUUUAUUUAAUUUUCUUGCAUAUCAAUGCAGCUAUUUGCAUUGGGAUUAUUGUAUUAAUAGGAUGUAGUUCAAUAUGCCUUGCAUGUCUACUAUAUAGCUGUGGAAUGUUUAAAAUUGCUAGUUAUCGUAUUCAGCAUGCUAUAAAUAUUAACGUUCGACAAAAUAUAACACUCGAGAAUAAGAUUUUGAUGACCGAGGGCAUAAUUUGUGCCGUCGACAUUCAUCGGCGAGCUAUAAAAUUGAACAAGCACUUAGUGUCACUAUUGAACAUGACGUUGAGUAUAUUAAUGUGUGGUGUGGUUUGUCUUAGCCUCAACUUGCUUCAAAUAGCAUUAUCUGAAAGAGACAUUAAAAAUCUCUUACUACCAAUUUUAUAUGCGUCAAUAUGCAUCAUGUACAUGUUUGUAGGCAAUCUAAUGGGACAGGCUGUAAUUGAUUAUAAUAAUCACGUAUUUAUUACGGCAUAUAACGUCCAAUGGUAUAGAACUCCUUUACAUAUACAGAGAAUGAUAUUAUUCAUACUGCAAACAGGAAACAAGGAAUUUUAUUUAAAUAUCGGUGGAGUAUUCAGUGUAUCUAUUGAGGGUUUUGCGACGCUAGUCAAGACCUCGAUAUCUUAUUUCACUGUCAUAUAUUCUGUACAGUAAUGAAAUCAAUACAAAUAAUACCAUGGUAAGGAUGUAAUUAAAAAAUUUUUUUCUUUACAAUGUUA